AUGACCGCCCUUCCUUCCUUUGUCGAGCUCAUGGCCACCCUUGGACUUGACAAACCCGCAGGCCCCGCAGCCCUCCCCCGACAGUCUGGCCCAGCUUGCUCUGGGGUGCGGGUCCUUCAUUCUCGUUCAUCUUCAGCUUCUUCCACUGCCUCUUUCUCUACGCUCUCCAGUAACGCUUCACCACCAUAUCCUUCCAUCAGCAUCGACGGCUUGCAGGCAGCGAGCUCCCCUCCGCGCGAGACCUCAACGGAGCGGGACAUGGAACUCGAGAGACGCCAUACCCGCGUUGCGCGAUAUUCCCCAUAUUACCCCACCAUCUCUCAUAUGAGAAAGAGAAGUGUCCCUAUCAUUAAAGAAGAGGCCGAUGGGCGGCCAAACCGAGCAUUAUCUACAUCACCCUAUCUAUUGCCAGCGACCUGUGCCAUGAGCCGCAGGUCUGCGUCCAUCGCUCCCCGGAGCUCUUCGCGACGUCCGCAGAAGCUUACCCUAUCAGAGACCGAUCUCACUGCGAACAUGCCCAUCUCAUCCUUCGUCCGCCGCAAGACCCCACAAGCAUCUCCGACAUCUCCCACCUUCCCAAAUCGCAGGCGAAAGCGGUCCUCGAGUCCGACGCUGCCUGUUUGUAUCCCCACCGUGCCCAUGAUCUUCCCUCCCAUCCAAGCCUUCCGAUACGCGUCGUCCGACUCUGAGGACGAAGAGAUGCACGACGUCUCUGACACACCCGUCGAUACCUCACAGUUGCCGCGACUCCCCAUCGUAGACGCUGAACCACAAACGUCCCGACCGGCCACAGACUCGGGCGUUCGCAUCUCGGUGUUUUCGCGCCCUGACGAGCUAAACAGCUACGCGCAGCAGAUAGCCCCAUUACCCGUGGCUUGA